UUCAAUCCAACAGAGUAUGUAGCCCACAGAGGCUGACGCCAGCGACGCCGGGGAUAUGAUAGGAGAAGAAGGCGGCCCGGCGGGCCCAAAGGUCCUUCGUAUGCUUUACUUCGUCGGCGCCGGAUUCAUCUGCACUGCGGCGAUCAACAAGUGGCGAGAUCUCCAGCGAAAAUCAGCUCAGCAGCAUGCCGAUCAGUUGCCGGAAAAGCCUGCCAAUAAUCUCAGGUCCUAGGGUUCAUAUAUACUAUUCUAGUAACAGAAUAUUCUCAUGUCUUAUUUUGAUUUUGUUUUGCAUAGACUCUGAUUAUAGAUUUUGAAAUUGAAGUUUUUUGGUCGGUUUCAUCGUAGAAUUUGGACAAAUUUGAUCCAUUUUCAAGUAAAUUGAGAGCAUUUGCUGAUAAAAGCUCAUUAGUAUGUGCAUUUUGUGUGAGAAAUUGGGUCAUUUUGGUGUUUUGUUGAUCGAGUGAAUCUAUUCUCAAUAAUUAUUAACUUUUUAAUUGA